AUGGAGAAUUAUUCUAAUGAUGAGAGCGACAUGGAUAUUUCUCUGCCAGAUCAGGACUAUGAUUCAGAAGAAGAUCUAGAGGAUUAUGCAGAUUUGGAAGACAAUCUCACAACAACACAUGAAUUGGACAGUGACGACACUGAUCCAGACAAAGCCCACAAGUAUGUUGUGUUUGAACAAUGUCUGUUUGAACUGCUGGACAUAUGUGCUGUCUGCAGCAGGAGAAACUUGCAACACAUGAAAACAACAGUGGUGAUGCUAGAUGCAGUUUCCCAGGACACUGCAAAAUACGGAUCCUACACACUUAUCCAUGUAGAAACUGCCAAAGUGGUGGAUAUUCAGCUUGUCCAGAAGUACAAAAUAGCUGGAGAAUGGGCCAGAUCUAUAAGCAACCAUGCUUACUGGUGUGCUGCCAGCAGUGGAGGAAAUGCAGAACUUGUACGAAAAAAAUUGACAAGUAUCCUGAACCAUGUCGCUAAUAUUCACGAGGGGCAUAGAGAUCUUUUCCACAUGGGGACAUCUCAAGAAGGUGGAUCAAGCCAGGAAAUGGAAAAAAUUGUAUGUGGGAAACUCCUGAUGAAAGAUGUUCGAGAGUUGUCCUCAGCACAUCAGACGUCAUGCUUGGACGCUUCACACAAUGCACCAAAGACCAGCUAUUUCUUUUACAAUCAGAUGAAAGCAAGACUGGCAGCUUUUCAUUUCAACUCUGGAGGAUGGGAUUGCCAGAUACCGAAUUGCUUUCUCGAAAGGAAGAAAAGGAGAUGCUGUCCCAAAGGAGAUUAA